AUGAAGGAGCUGGAUUCCAUCUCUUGGGCCCUGCCUCCCGUCCCUCAAGAGGCUGUGGCACAAAAUCUCGACUCCUUUAGUGUGCGUAUAAUUUGCAUCACCAGUCAUCACAAGUCAUCACAAGUCAUCACCAGUCAUCACAAGUCAUCACAGGUCUUCACAAGUCAUCACCAGUCAUCACAAGUCAUCACAAGUCAUCACCAGUCAUCACCAGUCAUCACAAGUCAUCACCAGUCAUCACAAGUCAUCACCAGUCAUCAGAAGUCAUCACAAGUCAUCACCAGUCAUCACAAGUCAUCACAAGUCAUCACCAGUCAUCAGAAGUCAUCACAAGUCAUCACCAGUCAUCACAGGUCAUCACCAGUCAUCACCAGUCAUCACCAGUCAUCACAAGUCAUCACCAGUCAUCACCAGUCAUCACAGGUCAUCACCAGUCAUCACAAGUCAUCACCGGUCAUCACCAGUCAUCAGAAGUCAUCAGAAGUCAUCACCAAUCAUCACAAGUCAUCACCAGUCAUCACCAGUCAUCACAAGUCAUCACAAGUCAUCACCAGUCAUCACCAGUCAUCACCAGUCAUCACAACUCAUACCUGGCCCCUGGCCAAGAUUGUGGGGGUAGAACUAACAUAA